CUUUUGAGCAGCUACAUGUCAUAGGACCACUGUGACUUGGUGCUAUUGCAGCUACAGCGGUCAUCGAUAUCAUCCAAAUAUUGUCAUCGGUGCUUUGGUCACGCUCAUCCUCGGCGCACCCGGAAAUGGAUGAUUUGGCAUGUCCGACGCGGGUUGGUGAAUUCGGGAUAUUCGAGUUCUGACUGCUGUGUCACCGCUCGAACCGCCCUUAUAAUCUGGGCGAUAGAGUAAGGGCCCGGUCAUUAAGAUCCGUAAUCCCCCCACACACGCACUCCAACGACAACACAGCCCACGAUGUUCGAUUUCAUGCGCAGGAAAAGAGAGAGUCGAGAGAUGAACAAAGCAGCUGACCAAACCAAGGAAGUGGAGAAAGGCAGAAGCAAAUACACGGCGCGGCGCGACUCACUCAUCAAUGCGAGCAAGGUUGACCUGUUCACUAAAAAGGCGCGACAUUUCAGCCUACCACCCAUGGCUAAGAAUAUACAGCGAGCACAGUCCGAAGAUGAGCAUCUAGCCAUCAGACCAAAAUACACGAGAGCGCGAAGCUCCUCCUGCUCGGCGGUCUCCUCGCUCAACAUUCGCAACCCCUUCAACCGGCACACCGGGAACUCAGCGAUGUCUGACAGUCAGAUAGCAUUAGUCAAUCCGGCUUUAGUUGCGGGGCCGCCGCCAGAGUGUAUGCGCUACGUCGUCAGCCAGUACCCAGUAAUUGUCAGUCCAGAAGGCAGAAGUGCAGAGAUUGUCUACCCUGAAGCCACGGCCGACCAACUGGAGCACGAGAGUGCCGUGCUUAACCCUUUCACGGAUAGUGCUGCACCAGAACCGCCAAUCGAGGACACACACGAGUCACAAAGGUCGCUAGAACGCACUAACAGCCAGUCUGCAACGCCGUCUAGAAGAAGCAGCGGGCGGUCCUCCCGCGCCUCUUUGAGACGACCAGUUGACUACCUUCAAGUCAAGAUACCGCCUAGCGUGCUUAGCCCUCCAUUGUCAGCCGCGCACCGUGAGAUAUGGACCAGGAUAUGACUACAGUUGAUACCCUGAAUGCUUGGCCAGCGGCCGGCAGAGCUUAGUGACUUUCGCUGUAUUCUGUAUGUAUUACGUUAGUAAUUCCAGGGACACGACUCAAAAACAUAAUGACAUCGCCGUAGACAAUGGAAUAUCUUAGCCUUGAGAUCGACCGCGGAAGAAACAGUCAGCGAGUAGUACUUCC